CGGAAAUUUUCCUGCUGCUGGCAGUUGAUUUUAACAAACACAUACACAGGGUUGAGUUGCGAUGCAGUACUAAAAAGUCAUGGAAAACGGUAAUGGUGCCAAAAUGACGGCACUUCGUGUAGAAUUUUCGAUGUGAUCGUAGGAUUAAGCUGUAGUUUUAGUUUACUGGUGAUAUUCAAACUUCGCGGUUACAGAUGGAUGUAGUGGCAACUUUUUAAGUACGUGAAAAUGGUUAUUAUAUCAGAAAACGGCAGUAUCAAUGGAGCAACAGAAGGAUCCAGCGGCAGUUCGCUGCUUGGAGGCUUCGCAGGUCUGGGGGUUUUAGCAGUGGUGUUUUUGGUGUACGUUCGCAACAGGAAGCCUUGGUGGUGGACUAGGGGUGGAAAAACCUCUUGUGAAGAUGGGUUCAAUCCCCCUACCGCCAGUCAGCAGGAAAUCGUUAGCAGCAAAGUUGCUUUGAAUGGUACACCUACUGGGAAGGUCAAAAUAGUGAAAUCAAAUCCGAUCGACGUAUUCGAUCUGCCCAACAUCGACAAGCAGCAAGUCCUGGUCCCAGAAAUCCCCAAGACCACCAGAAUCGGUUACCAGCCAGCUCUCGACGAACAGGUUUUCGCGACACCUUGGGCGGGCUACGACCUAAUCUCGUUGGCCGAAAAGGGCAAGGUCGGUGUCAGCGCGGACAGCUCCCGAUGCAGCUCUACGGCGAGCUCGAUGGUGGGGGAUCGGCUGGAAAGAGCUGCAAUUGCACAAAGACGAACAUCGGGUGAUCUGAGGGAAACGAAAAUAGACAAUGAUAACAUCGAUUUCAACUCCACAACCACAGCAGUCGACAAUUCCUCUCAGAUUGAUUUGGACCUCAACUGCAACAGAGAUUGCAUCGUCGUCCUAAGCCAUGACCUUAGCGAAGACAAAGCAUCUAUGACAGGUGGUACUUGUUCUCCGGUGACCAAGUCAGCUGCCGCAAGCGGACUGGUAGACGUGGACGAAACUCCGUGCGGUCAUUUAGAGGUAGCCGUGGCUUACGAUGCACCGGUAAGGAAGAUGACAGUGCACGUACUGCAGGCCAGGUUGCCCAUCAUGGACGCAGCUGGGGGGACUGCUGAUCAACCCGCACACACGCAGGUGAGGUUGAUAUUACUACCCAGCAAGAAACAAAAAUGCAAGACCAAGAUUAGAUCUGGCGAGAAUCCACAUUAUAUGGAAAGCUUCGUUUUACAUAGAAUUAAUCCAGAGGAUGUGAAUUCCAUGGGGAUCCGACUAAGACUAUACGGCUGUGAAAGGAUGCGUAGAGAAAGAAUCAUCGGAGAGGCGAUUGUUAGUUUUGCUAAGAUAAAUUUGGAGCUUGAGAAUCACUUUUGGUUAACUCUCCAACCGAGAGCCAAUGCAGUGCUAACCGGUGAUAUGAUAAGUCUCACACGAUCAGACAGUACAGGGUCCAGACAGUCCAUGCAACAUGGCGGAGUGCCUGAAUUACUCUUAGGGCUUUGCUACAAUGCAACCACCGGUAGACUUAGCGUAGAAGUAGUCAAAGGAUCACAUUUUAGCUACUUUUUGAAAAACUUUGGCUUAAACAGAGCACCUGACACCUAUGUCAAACUGAAUCUGGUUAGCAGCACUGGACAAGAGUUAGCACACACUAAAACGACUACCAGAAGGGGGCAACCAAAUCCAUUGUUCAAAGAAACAUUCGUUUUCCAAGUGGCAUUGUUCCAGUUAGCGGACGUCACACUAAUGGUAGUCGUCUACAACCGCAAAGGAGUGACCAAGAAGAAAGAAAUGGUCGGCUGGUUCAGUCUGGGUCUGAACUCCAGCGGCGCCGAAGAGUUGCAACAUUGGAUGGACAUGAAAGAGUACCAACAGGAGCAGAUCUUCCGUUGGCACGUCCUUAUACAGUCAUAGCCGGCAGUCGAAGACACCUGAUGAGCUGGAAAGAAUUUUUCGAUAACUUUCAUCUUUGCACUCGUUGCCAGAACGUCUGAGGCGUCAUUUCUGGUACAUUUGUCUCAUAAGCACAAUUUUUGUAUCUAUUUGUCGGGUCGAUGGGAAAUCGGCCCUCUUUUGAAGGCAGAAAUCAUACGCUCUUUUUGGUCAGAGAGCCAAUUGUUAAGAUGUGUCAAGAUGACUUAGUCUGGACCUGACCUGGAGGUAUAUCUUCUUACGGCCUUUCAGCUCUGACUUGUAACCUGCUUCUAAAACCUCGUAUCCUAUUUGCUUCGGAAAUAUUGGUAUUAUAAAAUUUCGCUCUGUAAGAAAUAGGGUAUUUGUUUUUAGGCUUGGAGCUUUUUCACAUGAAUUUAUUAAAUAUAACGUUAUGACUAAGUGAAAAAAAAAUUGAUAUUAAAAAGUAUAAAAUGUGUACUACUUAUUGUAACGUUAAUCGAUCCCUUUGUACUUUUUUCUUAACCAUAUACCCAUUUUCUACUGCAAAAAGAUGAAGUACCAUAGACACUCUGUGAUUUUUUUGGGAAAUUUAGAUCAAAAAGUACACUUUGCAAUCAAAUGAGAUCUUUGUAUGAAAAGAAUAAAAUGGUAAAUUACUUGUAGAUAUAUUCGUGUAUUUUAAUGUCUUAAAUUGCACCGCAACUAUUGGAUAGAGAUAAGUUAUAACAUAUACAGUGUUUCAAAUAUGUGUUGUCAAACGACAAAUGGUUAGAACAUCAUGAACUGUUGUUUUAUGAUAUCCUAAAAUAACGUCACUUAUCUAUAGACUGCACAAGAAAGCUUAUCUUGUGCCAAAGUACGUGAAAAUCUGUCGAUCUUCGCCUACCAAUAGUUUGCCAGGCUGAUUUUUAUCCUCAUCUCAUACGAUGAACGCGAUAGAGCUUACGUUCUCUAGGUCAUAACCGCUCGACGUUCUGCGCUAUGCACAGAGAUGUCGCACCGCAUCAUCACGGUCAACUGUCAAGUGGUCGGAUUACUCUGCAUUCGCACAGCAAGCAAUGUAGUAUAUGCAUAAAUAAUAACCCGCGCAUUUCAGCUAAAGCCUAUACAUAAUUCUAAAAAUACGUGCUUACACUCAAAGUUCUUCCAAAAAUACGUGCUUACAUUCAAGGUUCGCUUCUACAGGUCUGCAUCGCACAUAUCGGAAGGGUUAUCAUCAACAACACUGACCACGAGGCCAUCGAUGAAAAUCCGAAUGCUAUAAUAAAAAUCAGAUUGCCGCCGAUACAAGGUGUUAUUUAAGUACUUUACCAAACUUCAGGAGAUGAUUCUUUGAGUAAUUUUAAGAUGAAAAGCUUAUAUAAACAUAGGUCCAGACAUGCUUCAUUUUGAAGAUACAGUGUGUCAAACUUUUUUUAAAAAAUACAUUUUUUUUUUAAAUAUCUUGAUAAGUUUUUAGUCGAUUUGGUUCAAAUUUAGUAGUGUCAUUAAGGAGCAGUAAGGGGCUAAUAUAGCCUCGAACAGAUUGAAAUUAUUAAGUUCAGUGGCGUCCCGGAAAACACCCUAGCCAAUAUCUUUGACAAAAAAUUGUACGCCACUGACUUUUUUCAAUUUUUAUAUUUUUUAAACGGCUAAAAAUACCAUUUUUUUGUCUGUGUUGGUUUCUGUCAUAUCUCGCUUCGUUUGCGAGAUAAAAAAUAAAAAGCACUUUAUCGCAUGUCCCUGGGACGAUAACAUAAUAAAACAUUAAAACCACCAAAAUAAUUAAGCAAUUAACAUAAGACGAAAGUCAUCUCUUGAAUUUUUCGCACAUAUUUAAAACUUAUUUCGAUAAAACAAAAUAACAUAAAAUAAUUGCAUAACGUAAUAGCAAAGCUUUAAAAGUAACCAAAAAUAAGAGUGCCAUGAAAACAACUGCUAUUAAAAAAAACUGACUUUGACAUAAUUUACUUAAAGCAGUGCGUAAGUAAUGAUCGUAAUUAUUUUUCACCCCCGAGAUUAAAUGGUCAAGAGUAUCGUCAUGUUUUUGGAACUUAUUUUACCUGAACUACUAGGAGGUAAGAGCAACACAAGGGUGCCAUCUCACUUCAGCAUAGUACCAGUGCUUGGCUGCAACUUUUGGAGAAAACUGGAUCGGACACGCAGGUCCACAGCCAUGGCCAUCCAGGUCACCAGAUUUAAAUCGGUUAGAUCUUUUUCUUUGGGGCAUUUAAAGUCCCUCGUUUACACAAUUCCAGUCAACACUAAAGAAGAAUGAACCCAACGGAUACGAGAUCCAUGUGAUCAGAUAAGACAUACGCCGGGAAUAUUUCAAUGAGUUCGGCAAUCAAUCUUAAGAUGAGCUUAUGCUUGUAUUCAAGUUGAAGGAGGGCAUUUUCAGCAACUAUUAUAAGUCUCGUAUUAUUUACUGUUAAAUGUUUUCAAUGAAAUAAAAUUUUAAGUGUGGUUUUAAAAAGACGAUUCUCCGUUUUUUUUUAAUUUCCAGCGUUACCAAUGUGCAACACCAUUGGCAAAACAUUGCAACAAUAAAUAACGUCAUGUAAAUAUUUUAUGUUUAUUCGUUUUAUCGAAAUCAGGUAUAAUCUGAGCAAAAAAAGCCAAAAGAUGACUUUCGUGUUACUUAAUUAUCAAUGCUUUUUAUAUGCAGAAGACGAAAAGGUUGAAUUUUUAGAUGUUUAAUUCGAAAAAAAUAGAUAAAAUGGGAAAAGUCAGUGGCGCACAAAUGUUUUGUAAAAGAUAUUGAUUUUCGGAACCCCGCUAGACUUAAUAAUUUCAAUGUAAUCGGAGAUGAAUUAGCCCCAUACUGCCCUUAAUACCGCUGCUAAAUUUGAACAAAAUUGACUGAAAGUUCAUUAAGAUAUUUAGGAAAAACUGAAUUUUUUAAAGAAGUUUGAUACCCUGUAUUUUGAAAAUCAAGCAUUUCUGGACCUAUGCUUAUAUGAACUUUUCAUCUUAAAAUUACUCAAAGAAUGACCUCCUGAAGUUUGGCCA